UUUUAUUGUGCCAUAGUUCUCUUCCGCGGGAUUAAUAAACGUAAGCAGAGCGAGAUAUCAACACACAUUCAAAUACCUGCUCAAAAUCAACACCCAGAAAAUUAAAAACAAAAUAAAAUUAACUAUGGCUGGAAUCAAAACUACAGACACCCGUUGCUCAAAAGACAAGUUUAUUGACACGGUGGAGGAAGAGAUCCUUUCUUGUUCCAUCUGCAGUGAAAAGUUCGACCAAAGCGAACGGGAACCCAAGACCCUCCCUUGUAACCACAUCUUCUGUAAGCACUGCCUCGCCCGCAUGAUGUGUAGAAAGGCGACCAAGGCUGCUAAAUGUGAAAACACCAUCGUGUGUCCAAAUUGCAGGAAGGUUUGUAAGAUAAAAUCAUCAGUCAAAGAGCUGCCCACUGACCACAGGGCUAUCCAGCUGAUGGAUCUGAUUGCCGAAGCUUCGGUUGUGAAAGUGGACCAGUGUCCCAAACACCCGACGCAGUCGUUGUAUUUUUUCUGUGAAUGUUGCCAAGUGCCGGUGUGUAGAGACUGUACUGUGCUGGAUCACAAGGAAACAGAAGGGCAUAGAGUUAGAGACGUGUCGGAGACGAUGAAGGAGUAUAACCCUCAUUUUGACGCUCUGGAAAAGCUAAACCCAAGCACAAUUGAUAAAUUAAAUUCAUGGGCAACUGAAUUCCGGAACACGAUGUUUAUGAUGAAUGGUAUGGAAGCAAGUUUAAAAUCUGAAAUCAGCAGUACUUUUGAUCGAUAUCAUACAAUUUUAGACGAAAGGAAAACGACUCUAGUAAACCAGGUAUCUAGUUUGUACAAUGAAAACCGCAAGAAGCUGGAAGCGAAGCGAGCAGAGCUUUUUCAAGCUCACUCUCAACUUCGCGUUCACCACGAGAGUUUCAAGACGUAUAGGAAGAACUCUGACGUGUUGAAAAUGUUUGAAAGUUACAGAGAGCAAAGGGAGUUCUGGAGCAAGAUGGCCGCUGUCCCGCAUAAACCGGAAGUCAUCAGGACCUGUGAGUUCAGGGCUACAAAUAUGGAGGAGGUGGUGAAGUUCGUGGGACAGCUUGGUGUUUUUGUAAACAAGCCCGAUGUGGAGGCUACGACCUUGCACAAUCUGAACAUUGCUGAACCAGUCCAAGUAGAACACACUCAAAGUGAAGAUGAAACCAUUGAGGAGAACAAAGAUGAUCGCAAGAAGAAACACAACAGAAAGAAAAAACAUUUUCAUCUACUGUAUGCAACUUAUAAACUAUAGCUGAUCUAUUGUUUAAACUGAACAGAAAUACACCAAGGGUAUAAAUUAAAUGAUUUAAAAGCUUCAUCCAAUCCACUCAUAACAUUAUGAUUUGGAAUGACAACCAG